AUGGGCAAAGAGUGGUAUUGGGGUGGAAAAUCCUCAAAGAGAGCUGGUCAAAAUGUGGAUAGAGACGCCAUUUCUUCAUCAUCAUCAUCAUCAUCAGCUGGUUGCAUGUGUGCUGUGUUUCAGUUGUUCGAUUUUCAUCAGUUUCAGUUCACUAGUUUAAACCACCCUCAUCAUGAAACAGCUUCUAGUUUCAAGCCCACAACUAGUAGGAAUACUACUAGUACUACUCUUUAUCAGCUCCCACAAGAAGCUGACAAUAUCCCAAAAGGUGUUGAGGCACCAAGGAACAGCUUGAAAUCUGAGGAGGGAAGCACUUCACUUUCAUCCAUCAUAGAAGAAGAAGAUGAAGAAAGUUUAAACUUAAACAUCCCGAUGGGGAUUCAAAUCAAAACAAGUACGGGAUCAGACACAAGCAGCAACUCUCCGGGGACCAAAACUCCAAGUUUGGUGGCAAGACUAAUGGGUCUUGACCUUCUUCCUGAAAGCUCUUCACCAACCAUCCAUGCAACGCAAAAACAACUAUACCUCUCAAGGUCACACACGCAGCCUCUCCGGUCUCGGCAGCCCCGGCUCCGGAACAAAGCCAGACACCUAUUGGACGGUGACAGUAGCGCAGGAACUCGGUCAUUGCCCGAGACCCCAAGGGUCUCCUCGGCGAGAAGAUCGGACGUUGAUCAUCACCACCGCCUUUCGCUGCAGAUCAACAAAGAGAAUAUUGUUGACCAUGAUUUAAAUUUGGACUUCUCUAAGCUGUCCGCUUUGAGGAGAAAGCAGUUGAGAGUUGAAGAACACACAUGUGAAAGUAGUAGCAGAAGCCCGGGCCAUUACGCUAGGGAGAUUGUGAAGCAGGUUAAGGAGAGUGUUAGCAGAAAAGUCGGCUUGGACGUCACAAACACCAUAUUGAUAACGAGAAACAGAUCAGAUAAUCAUCAUCACGAGCUUGUUAAUCAGCUCAAAUCCAAGAGGUCAUCAGUCUCAAAGCCCAGCUUGUCGAAACUUGAAGAGCAAGCAAGCCGAUCAGGAAAGCAAAACUCAUCAUCAUCAUCAUCAAUGUCAACUACCACUUCCUCUUCUUCUACUUGCUCUCCAAGGCUGAUGACCAGAUUCACGGAUUCCAAGACAAGUACUAAUCAUACCACAACACCGUUAUCCACAAGCCCCAAAGAUCAUCAAACCUCUCAACUUUCAACGGUCAAAGUUAACGGGGCGAAGUCAAACUCAAAGGGUACUCAUUAUCAGACACUGCAAGAGCAGCAGCAGCAGCAACAAAAGAUGGUGAUUAAGAGCAGAAUUAACAAUAUUAAUGAUCAUAUUGUUAAAGGAGGUAAUUAUGGGAGAGAAAUAGGAGGGGCUACGUUUGGUAGGAGGCUACAGAAAAUGCAGGAGGAGACAUUUGUUCGUCCGUCAACCGCAGCCAGCUGCAGAACCAACAUUCCUGACAAGAAGAAAUGCAAGAAAACUCCCUUGUCCAACAAUCUCAUCAACCUCAACGUAGUCGUCCCUACCCUUCUACCCCUCAAGAAAUCUUCUAAUUCACCUCCAUCAACCUGCAACAAACAUGUCUUCUCUUCUCCCAUACAGCCAACUGCAGCAGAGGUACCUGAUGACGCCCAAGAAUCGAAACGUUCGUCACAGUUAUCUAGUUCUCAGAGCCAAAAGUACUACUCCCAGGGCCCACAACCAUCGUCCCACGUGCUCCACACACGUGACAUUAUCAUAAACGACGUCGUCCACGUACCAAACGGCGUUGCCACGUCGGCCACUGCCACCUCCACCGCCACCACCGCUCGUGGUGGUGGGUCAAAGUCAGAGCUACAAAUACUCCGCCACUACAUCUCCAGAAUACUUGCCCGUACAGGCAUAGCCAACGCUUCCCACGUGUCCUUCACCAAUUGGUUCUCCCCCUCCCACCCCCUGGACCCGUCCAUUUUUCACCGCCUCGAAAUUUCCAUGUACGUUAACAACAACAACAACGUUGAUCUCUCCAACGUUGGCCAGUUUCGUCUCCGGUGCAACAGAAGGUUGUUGUUCGACGUUGUGGAUGAAAUCUUGGCCGAUAUCUUGAGGCCUUAUAUCAACUUGAGGCCAUGGAUUAAUAAUUACAGCACAAACAAUGCUAAAUAUUAUAUUAAUAUUGGGUCAGAGUUGAUUGACACAUUGUGUUCGAGGAUUCAGAGGUUUCCAUGCAGAGACUGCCAAGUGCUUGAAGACAUUGAUGCGUUAAUUGAUAAAGAUAUGCCAGAUCGGUUCAUGAAGAUCCAAAAGGAAAUGGCGUUUGAGGAAGAAGGAGAAGGACUGGUGACGGAGAUUGAAAGGGACAUAGUGGACACUCUCGUGCAUGAAACGGCUCUGAUUUUGGUCGGGACUUGGUGAUACUAAUUUCACACCGAACAGUGACACAAGGCA